AUUCACUUUUAGUAGCACAUGUAGGAGUAGUCAAGAAAUUGUAUAAUAACAGCUUGCAUGAAUUCAAAAUAUAACAUUUUAAUAAAUACAUUAAUAUAACCAUAGAUAAACAUGAGCGCAAUGUUGAGAGCAGUUUACCACAUUUUGGCUUUCAGCUGGUAUGCAUUUGUCAUUCAGUCCCUUGCUGCCAAGGAUGGAGAAGAACUACCACCUGGAAUAUUUGUUUAUGGUGGGCCAUGGAAGUACCUUACUUUCUUAAAUUUGAUAUUGCAGAUGGUGUUCUUUGGGUUAGCUACUAUAAGUGACCUUCAGCCUGGAAAAGAGUCUUCUGCACGCAAUGGUCUUACCAGAUGCAAAGACCUCCUCUUCUCUGUCUUUGCCUUCCCUGUAGGCAUGUUUGUAGUGCUUCUUUUCUGGGUGAUCUUUGCCUAUGACAGGCAGCUGGUCUACCCAGCUUCAUUGGAUGCCUUUUUCCCCCCCUGGAUGAACCAUGCUAUGCACUCAUUUGUUCUGCCGAUUCUUCUUGGAGAGAUACUGGUACAACCCCACACAUACCCAAAGACUAAAAAUGGCCUAGCUGCAUUAGGAAUUGUGGGUGUGGCCUACUUGAGCUGGGUGAUAUGGGUGUACUUGUCAGUUGGGAUUUGGGUGUACCCUCUUCUUGGACUCUUUAGCACUACUGGUAUUGCAGGUCUCUUCUUCUUCAACAUGUGCAUAGUAGCACUCUUCUAUCUGCUCGGACAAACAGUGAACAGCAGAGUCUGGGGUAAAGAUAAGGUGAUGCUUAAGACAGCAUGAAAAUGUUCACUGUUUAAUCUUUUUCAUCCGAAUUCAGACCUAUGAAUGGGAUUGUGUGUUUCAGAUUCCCACAGUAACUAAGAAUUCAGAGAAAAAUAUGAUCAAGCAUAACUUUGUUUGCUACUAUUCAUGUACUGUAAUGUAACAACUAUGUGUCACUAAAUUGUGGGAAACAGUGAUGGUCUGACACCUGACCAAAGGUAUUUUACUACGAUAAAUAAAUCCAGAAGUCCAUGUUGAUUUAAAUUAAUUUAAUUACAGUACCCAAAUCAAUAUAAGAAUAAAUGACAGGAAUAUCAGGGUUUGGUCAUUUGUACAAUUACAUAAUUAUAACACAGUCAAUAGACAUUAAUAAGAAACAAAGUAAAUGCAAAGGCUUGUUCAGAGUUUGAUGAUCUUGGGUUUUUUGUCUUGGAAGGGUCCUUGUACAAAACCAUUUGCUGAGAACUACUGUACACUGAAUGCAUGUUAUCUCGAUCUCAAUCUUAUAGUAAUCAUUUUCGAACGAAAUAUACCAUAGUCUUCUGCAUUUUGUAUUAUCUGUAUCCUCAUAGUAAAAUAAAAUAAAAUAAAUACAUUUAAAAAA